AUGGUACGUCGCUACAAACACAUACCACCACGAGUGUUCCUAAGCGAAUAGUAUACCCCAUGUCGUGACAGAACAUCACCGUCAUCAACAACGCCGCGCAUCUGAACCAAUGCACGGGGGCCGGCACCGUCAGCAUCAUCGACUUUCAUGCUGUGAGAACAAGGGUACGUAUGAAAGCACAUGAAUCCCCGACUGACCCGUAUUCUUUUACGUUCCUCAUCGCGCGACGCGACCAGACGUGGUGCGGCCCAUGCCACGCGAUCGCCCCUGUCUUUCAAGCCUUGGCCCAGCAAUACGCGGGUAGGAUUCAGGUGCGUCGUACAAGGGUCGAACCUAGUCUCUAGGAAGAGGCUAGCAGGGCCCGGACUGAGACCCCUCCGUCGCCUUGUUGGAUCCACCACAGUUCUUCAAAGUGGAUGUCGACCAGGCGCAAGACGUCGCAAGUCAAUUCGCCGUCUCGGUUAUGCCCACCUUUGUCGUCCUGAAUGGCAACAAGAAGGUAGCCGAGGUGAGCGCCAACCACGAUGUAGGAUACAGAGGCUCGUACGAGCAGGACCGCUAAAGUUCUGACUUUGGUCGGCCCCCAACAGAUGAAAGGAGCCGAUCCGAACGGGUUGAAGCAACUCGUGGCCAAGCAUGCGCUAGCACCCGGGGCAUCGACUUCGGCUGGUGGCAGUGCUUCUUCUUCUUCUUCUUCAGCAGCACCGACGGAGAAGGGUCUUGAAGGCUUCGUGAGUGACUUGGUCAUCACUCGAGUAGGCACCAGGUGUUGUCGGUUCGAUCGAACUGACUUGAUCGUGCGAUCGACACUGGACGCCUCCUCGGAUCACGGUGUCGAACCUCAUAGACCGUCGUGAAUUCGGGCAUCGAUAUGGCUCAGGUGCAUUGCCUCAACGAGUCCGCCGACCACACUAUCCGACACUUGCUUCGAGGUGAAGGAGACAAGUACUUGGAGUCCGAUGCCGACGAGCAAUUGUUGUUGCAGAUCCCGGUACGUCCGAGACUCGGGUCGUGUCCUCAAGGUUAGUUUCACAUAAGACUUGUUUUGGAAGCUGAUAUGCGACCCCUUUUAAAGACCCAAGCUCUUCGCAUCCGCGCCAUUCGCUUCAAGACCAUCUCCUCCAAGCUCCCCCAAGCGCCCAAGAAGAUCCGUCUCUUCGUCAACGCCGGCUCGACCCUAACCUUCGACGAUGCCGAAUCGCUCGAACCCGCUCAAGAGAUCGAAUUGAGCGAGAAGCAAGCCAAGGGUGAAGAAGCCGUUCAAUUACGUUUCGUUAGGUUCCAGAAUGUGACCCUUUUGUCGGUGUUCGUGGCUUCGAAUCAAGGGGGCGAGGAGGUGACGAGGUUGGAUGGACUCGAGUUGAUUGGGGCUUCGAUCGAUGGGACCGACAUGAGUGCAUUGUCAAAGGGGGAUGAUCAUGAUCAUUAG